AAAAUUCAGCAUAGUAAAUUUCUUUUUUGUUUAAAUGACAAGACUGCCCCUAUUUUGUCAGGCUCCCGUCCUCAGAAUCUCCAAGCCCCUCCAGUACUUGUCAAUGGCAGCCGAAUCCCGCCUGAAUUCUCCCAACACCCAACCCGAAAACGCCCCCCAAUCACUCCAAAAUUACCCAGUGCCACUCUCCCCACCGCCGCCGCUCAUAUCAAAGAAUGUCGAGUUGAACCGAGCGUUAACAGCUUCUUCAAAAUCGUCUCUUUUUUCUCUCUCUAGAAAAGAUGUACUCUUCGAAGACGAGUGGCUAAUUGCUGUCAAUAAGCCUAACGGAAUCUAUUGCGAAACCAUCUUAUCGUCUGUUCAAAUUCUCCUCAAUACUGAUCAAGUAAAAUUGCAAGAGCUCCAUCUGUCGAAUAGGCUCGACCGUGACACGAGUGGGGUUAUACUCAUAACAAAGUCGCACAAAGUUGCAGCAAAGCUCGUGAAAGCAUUUACAAAUCACAUGGUCAAGAAGACUUACCUUGCGUCCUGCGUCGGUACUUUUCCAAAAUGGAAAAACAUGAUUAUAAAAUCCGGUCAUGGUCGAUCGAAGCACGGAGCAUGGCGGGUUUAUGCCUAUUCAGACGUUGGUCGGGUACUGCCAGGUGGAUCAUUUGUUCGAGACAUGGAAACAUCGUUUGACGUUCUGUCAGUAAAUGGGAAAAGUUGCUCCCAAGAAUCAGACGCAAAUCAUGAAGAAGAAGAAAAGAUUGUAGCCGAGGAAAAAUCCGAGGUGGUUGGGUCUUGUUGUAGUGAUGAGAGAGACGAGGUUGUAGUGAGAGCGCACCCUAGAAGUGGACGAACGCACCAAAUUCGUUUGCAUUGUCAGUACCUUGGAAUUCCGAUAAUAGGAGAUGUGAAAUACGAAGGCGUUUAUGAGUGGAAAGAUAGAACAUAUGAAGGGCAUGAACUUCAUGCGGAAACUUUGUCGUUCGAGCAUCCUAUUACAGGUCAGUCGGUUUUUAUUCAGGCACCUUUACCCUUGUGGGCUAGCCAAGCACUAGCACAAGCACAACUUUCUUCGUUAGAUGUGUAAAUGCUAUCUCAUUUUGUGCUUAUUAUCUAUAAAACUCAUGACCUGGUGAAUGUAACUUACCGUUGAGGGAUUUCUCUUUCAAAAAGAAUUUUGACUAUAUUCUU